GUCUGCACUAGCAACGGUUUGAUCAAAACUUGCGCCCAUUGUGACAGAUAUCUUAAGAUGUCGAAUACGAGGCUUCAGGAAGUUAUCACCCUCAGCACUCUUCACUCUAAAUAUUUAUGGCAUGCCGCCGCCGCUCGUCCCAAGCGGCCCUGUAUAGACGGCCCGCACCUUUUUAAUGUACCUUUGGUCUUCAGGAUGGAUGCGGGGGAUACAGGGACGAAUCGUGGCCUAUUGAGGUACUGCUCUUGUUUGCUCUUUCACCUUAUCGGUUGGUCUCUACCAAUUUGGUUGAUCGGGCCGCAACUUGGUAUCGCACACUUACAAGGAGCAUGCAAUGAUUUAUUGCGAGUCGUGACCGAGCUUACCCAUAUCCGAUCGAGCACGGAUCUUGUAGACACCUGCCAAGUGGCCCAUACGGCUGCAUCACAAAUGUCCUACCUGAAUACAGAAGGUUGUUUCUCUCCUGCUCUCCCCCGGUUCCAGGAAAAACCUACUAGUACGGACAUGAAAGAGUCUACGUUCUACUCCAGUAAGUCUAUCGCCGCUUAAUCUCGCCUGGCUCAUGUGCGUCACCUUCAGGAUCCGCACUGUCGUGCUGACACCGCUUCUGUUCACAUACCCCAAACCUAUCUGGAUUCUUGUUCAGUUAGGUUGCUUCUGC